AUGUCUGGAACAUCUGCCUCUGUCUACGUUACCGAGAACUACUCGGAGCCGAUGAGUGCUCAGCACAACUUCGUCAACAACUUCGACCUCGAGAACCCCCAGGAAGCCAUGUCGGCGUACCAGAGGAUCAUGCACGAGCACACUAAGCGCCAGCUCAGCACUGCAACCAACUCUGCCCGACGACGAACAGGCAUGACCCAGUCGUCAGACAAUGACCGCGCCGACUCGGUGUCUUCCACCGACUCGUAG